AAGGCACAAAGCCUGAUGACGUCGCCCCCACGUGGCGACAUGAGGGGUUUACAAUCGCCGUGGGAGGGGCGUUAUUAGCAGCAGCUUUCUGGCUCCAGCCCUAAAGCACCAAGAUCUGUGCCUUGGAGCCAGGAAUUAUGAAACCAUACACCAUGCUCCUCCUGUAAACACCCCAGGAGAACCAUGUCAUCCUGUUCUUAAAACACCUACAAGAAAAGGCAUGGUGCUUUUCCAUCAAGAACUGAAGCUCAGGGAGGAUCUUUGAAACAUGAUUGUUCCCAAAGACUAUACUUCUAACCAAUAGUAAGCUACAGAGAAAGCAGGUAUUUUAUUCUGUCGUGAGAACCAACAGUAAGUGGUUAUUUAUUCUAAGUUUCCAACAAUGGCUUUACUUCCGAUGGCGCUGCUUCUCAUUGCUAUGCUGCUUCCAUCUUUACCUGCUGAAGGAAAGGAUCCAGCUUUUACUUCUUUGUUAACUACCCAAACACAAGUGCAAAUGGAGAUUGUAAAUAAACACAAUGAACUAAGGAAAUCUGUCUCUCCCCCUGCCAGUAACAUGUUAAAAAUGGAAUGGAACAGAGAAGCAACACAAAAUGCCCAAAAGUGGGCAAAUAAGUGUACUUUGCAGCACAGUGGUCCAGAGGAUCGACAAACCACUACAAAAUGUGGCGAGAAUCUCUACAUGUCAAGUGACCCUGCUCCCUGGUCAACGGCAAUCCAAAGCUGGUAUGAUGAGAGCCGUGGAUUUACCUAUGGUAAAGGACCAAAGAAUCCCCAGGCAAUUGUUGGACAUUACACUCAGCUUGUUUGGUAUUCAUCCUUCCGCGUUGGAUGUGGAGUUGCCUACUGUCCCAAUCAAGACAGUCUAAAAUACUUCUAUGUUUGCCAGUACUGUCCUGCUGGUAAUAACGUGAGUAAAAAGAAUAACCCUUACCAACAAGGAACACCUUGUGCGAGUUGCCCUAAUAACUGUGAAAAUGGACUAUGCACCAAUAGUUGUGAGUUUGAAGAUCUCCUUAGUAACUGUGAGUCCUUGAAGAGCACAGCUGGCUGUGAUCAUGAACUACUCAAGGAAAAGUGCAAGGCUACUUGCCAAUGUGAAAACAAAAUUUACUAAAAUGCCUAGUGUACAUCAGGCAGGAUUAUAUGCAAUGGCUUCAUCAUUUAGCAGAGACAUACCCAGGGAAAUUGGAGGCAUACUAGUUAGCAAUUUGAUCCCAAAUGGCAAUUUUUUUUUUCUCCUGGAUCUUUACAGAAAUAUCUGUCCCCUACAGCAAUUUACAAAAGUAGCAUCAGCCACAAUAACAGCUUUGGACUUAGAUAUCAAUUUGCUGCUUUAAGUUAAGAAUUUUGAAGGCUGUGUAACCACAGAACUUUGGUCAUAGAACUUCACCCAAAAAGGAGAACUACUUGUCUCCUAAAACAACAUGAUAAAAAAGAGAAAGACUGGACAUCUUUGCCAUCCCUACUACAUGAUAUUUUACCUGCAUAAAUAAUAAAUUCAAAGCUUGAAAUCUA